CUGGGCGAGGGCGGCUUUGGCGAGGUCCACCUCGCGCGCCACCGCGUCUCUGGUGCGCUGUUCGCCGUCAAGUCCUUCACCAAGGCGCGAAUCCGGCGCAUCGAGGAACGAACCACGUAUAUACGCCUCGAGCGGGAGCGGAAGACGCUGCGUCAGUUGCAGGCGCACUUGCGCGGCACCGCACAGCCGCACAACUUGAGCCGGCUGAUCUGCUCGACCCACGACCACGUCUGGCUGCGUCUCGUGCUGCCUGUCUGCCUCGGUGGCGACAUGGGCAAGCUGCUCGAUGAGAUGGGUAAGCUGUCGGACAAUGAGGUCCAGUUCUAUGCCGGAUGUGUCAUCCUGGCCCUCACUCACCUCCACUCGCUCCAGAUUGCGUACCGCGACCUCAAGCCGGAGAACGUCCUGCUCACCGCGGCCGGCUGGCCCGUCCUCACAGACUUUGGCCUGGUCGCCUUCCUCGACGACGGGCCCGCCACCUCGAUGGUGGGCACGCCCGAGUUCAUGCCGCCCGAGAUCGUGGCGGGUGCCAGCCACGGCACCGACGCCGACUGGUGGAGCCUGGGCGUGAUGCUGUGCGAGAUGCUCACGCUCGCGACUCCCUUUCGCGUGCCCGGCUCGGGGAGCAACUACGAGAAGACGUACGCCAACAUCGUGCGGGGCACCUUUACAAGGGAGUUUGAGCACAAGAGCUUCCGGCUGAUGCAGCACAACACCGCCGCCAUGAUCCGCGGCCUCCUCAAGGUCGACCCGCAGGAGCGGCUCGGCGGCAGCCGGCGCGGCACAGAGAGCAUCCGCGUGCACGCCUUCUUCUGGGGCCUCUCGUGGGAGACGCUCGAGGCGCGUGAGCUGCAGCCGCCG